AUGGAGUUAACGUACAAUUUUACAGAAUAUAGGUAUAGGUUUCUUAAGGAAAGUAAGGAAUUAUCACAGGCUAGCUCCAAAGUUUCAGAGUUUACAAGGAAGAGAACUUUGAGUGGCAGUGAGCUUAAUAGAGUGGAAGAUACAUUUCUGGAGUUGAUAAGACAAGAGGUCAUGCACAAAAAAAUAAGUAUAAAAGACAUAAUAUUAAAGUGUGCUGGUAUGUCUUAUGAAGUCUAUAGAGAAGAAAUGAAAAGACUUUCAAGAGAAGCUAGCUCCAAAGUUUCAGAGUUUACAAGGAAGAGAACUUUGAGUGGCAGUGAGCUUAAUAGAGUGGAAGAUACAUUUCUGGAGUUGAUAAGACAAGAGGUCAUGCACAAAAAAAUAAGUAUAAAAGACAUAAUAUUAAAGUGUGCUGAAAAUGAGAAAAUUAGAAAAGUAUCUCAAGAAGUUGAAUCAAUGAGGUUGGAGCUUAAAAAGGCAAAGUCAGGAGACAUACUUGUGUAUGACAUUCCAGCAUGGUGUAAAGAGGAUCAAAUUAUCAAGCUGAAGCAAGAUAAGGCAGAAUGGAAAAGUAGGCAUAGUAUAAAUUUGAUGAUGGAUGAUAAAAUGUAUUGGUUCCGUUGGUUUCCAGCUUCCAUGAAAUUAUCAGAAAUUAGGGACAGGUUCAAGUUUGUGGCCUAUAAAGAGAUUAAGGAAGAUUUGAGAACCACCUUGGACAUGGAUAUUUUAGAGUAUUAUAAAUAUCAAGGAUGGUUUUACACUAAAAUUAUUUUUAUCAAAGGAAAAAAAUUUAUAUAUGCUUAUUUUGCUAAUCAGGAUAAUGGGAGCGUAAAUCCAGAUCACUUGACAGAAAAUGUUGAUGUUGGAACAUCUUCAAGUAAAGAAAGUAAUGAGGGGAGUGGUUCUACUCUUAAAUACAUGGAAAAAGAUGUGAAGGCGAUUGUGGCAAGGGCAAUUGAAGAACAGAUCAAGGAGAAAGAAAUGAUUAAAGAAAAUGUUAAUCAAAGUAUAGACAAACGGAAGUUUUGUUCAAAGAAAUACAAAAAAGCUAAUGCUAAGGAAAAAAUUUCAAGUUCUUCAACGGUAAUGACGAGUGUGGAUGAGGAAGAAAUAGUAGAAUUAGUGAAUAGAUAUAGAAAGGGUGCGUUACCAGCUCGUAGUUUAGAAAAAGGGUUGGGGUGCUUGAUGUGA